AUGUUGUCCUGGAUCCUUGCCUGCUUAGCAGUUCAGGGAUCGCGGUACGUCUGCUGGGCCGGCAGUGCAGAUGUGAUCUACUCAAACACUUAUUCGUUUGCGGUGAAGCAGACAGACGGCACGGUUGUCGCUUGGACUGGUGCUGCUUAUGGUGGAGACACCAGCAGUGUGGCCAGCGAUCUCACGGAUGUGGAGGUGAUAUAUUCGACUGAGAGAGCAUACGCUGCAAAGAAGACCGACGGCACGGUCGUGACUUGGGGUGCUAGCAACUACGGCGGAGACUCCGGCAGCGUGUCUGGCCAGCUAGCCGACGUGGAAGUGGUCUCCUCGAAUCAGCGAGCCUUCGCGGCCAAGAGGACGGAUGGCACGGUGGUGUCGUGGGGGGGUGCAGCAUAUGGAGGAGACGCUAGCAGCGUCUCUGCUCAGCUUACUGAUGUGUUGACGGUCUACGCCAAUGAGGUAGCUUUCGCUGCGAAGAAGACCGACGGCACUGUCGUGACUUGGGGCUGGGCGGCUUACGGCGGAGACUCCAGCAGCGUGUCAUCCCAACUGGUUGAUGUGGAGGUGAUCUACCCAAGCCAGCGGGCCUUUGCGGCAAAGAGGACCGAUGGGACUGUGGUGACUUGGGGGGAUGCAACUUACGGCGGGGACUCCAGCAGUGUGGCUGCCCAGCUGACAAAUGUGGACGUCAUCGUUUCCGAUGUUCGCAGCCGGGCUUUUGCUGCCAAGAAGGCGGAUGGCACUGUGGUGACCUGGGGCUGGGCAACUUACGGAGGAGACUCCAGCAGCGUGGCGGCUCAGCUCACCGGUGUUGAGGCGAUCUCUGUGAAUUGGUUCGCCUUCGCUGCAAGGAAGACCGAUGGCACAGUCGUAACCUGGGGUGCCUCUGGAUCCGGUGGAGACUCCAGCAGUGUGGCUGCUCAGCUGACCAAUGUAGCAGUGAUCUACGCGACUAGCCGGGCCUUCGCAGCCAAGAAGGCCGAUGGUACGGUCGUGACUUGGGGCUAUACCAGUUAUGGUGCAGACUCCAGCAGUGUGGCUGCUCAGCUCACUGAUGUCGAGACCAUCUAUGCCAACGAGCGAGCUUUUGCAGCCAAGAAGACCGACGGAACCGUCGUGACUUGGGGGGUGGGCUUGUAUGGCGGAGACUCCAGCAGCGUGUCCUCCCAGCUUACCAACAUCGAAACCUUCUCGAGCCCCCACGCCUUCAAGAACUUGCAUGCAUUUGCGGCCAAGAAGGCCGAUGGCACCGUCGUUGCCUGGGGUAACAGUAACUACGGGGGAGACCUUGGCACCAUCACCUUUGAUGCGGCCUGGGCCUCAGCACUGUCUUUUCAGCAAAGUCGCCACGGUCACAACCUCACUGUCUUCCACGGUUGCUUUGACUACCACAUCAACAGUGUCAACAUCGACAACCACUUCAUCAACAACACGUUCCACCCUUUCCUCGAUAUCUACCACAUCGUCUACCGUGACUUACGCCAACACAUUCACCACAACAUCCAUCACCACAUCCGGCACCAAAACACUCACCACAACAUCCAUCACCACAUCAGCCACGAAAACAUUCACCACCACAUCCGAAUCCAUCACCACAUCUGGCACCAACACAGUCACCACGACAUCCAUCACCACAUCCGGCACCAAAACGCUCAUCACAACAUCCAUCACCACAUCUGGCACCAGAACACUCACCACAAUGUCCACCACAUCUGGCACGGUGCAUACCCAGACACCUUCCGCGACACCCACCACGACAUGGAGCGGUGCAUCGACUCAGACAAGGACCUUCACGGCGACAUCGACUGGGACCACGAUGCCCUCAGUGACAACGAAUGCCACGUGGACCGUCGCGACUCUCACAAACGAGCUGCUGCAGGUCCGUUGACUGAGUCCGGGGACACGCUGGCGACGGCAACAACCGCAUUAGGUACGAUGGCACUUGUCAGGUUGCCUGCGGCGGCAAACGUCAGCUCGGUCGAAGUACUCUUGGAUGGCAGCGCGGCGGCUGCUGUGCUGCCACCGGAGGUUUUGCCCGAGAUCCCCAUGGCUUUCCUGGCUUUGGCGCUCACGACCUUCAGCGCGGAGAUCGAGGAGGUCGAUGGCUUCGGAGUCGGACGGAAGGCGCUCAGCAAGACCGGUCGGCCCCUUGAGGCGGCCCUGCCACCCGUGGACAUCUCAAUCGUCGAGGACGCAGAAGCGGCCAGCUUCCUUGAGGUGCGGAGCCCGGAUGCGCCCAUCUACGUCCGGGUCUCCCGGACUCCUCCAGAGCCCAACUGGAUUUGUGCGUUCCUGGACGCUGACGGCCUUUGGUCGACCCAGGGCGUGCGCCUGGCGUCGCCAACUGAGCUGGCGGCCGCUGGCUUGGACAGCUCGGGCACAUGGUGCGCCACGGAGCACCUCUCCAUUUUCGGAGCCUUCAUCGACAUCCUCCUGGACUGCACGAAUGCCAACAUGCUCACGGCAGAUGGGCUGAAGGAGAUCGUUGAGCGGAAAGGCUGGUGGGCGCGGCCCCCAGCCAUCAGCCUUUGGCUGCUUCUGGGCGCCUCUUUUCUGCUCAUCCUCUUCGGCUGCCUCAGCGACGCGCGGGUGCGUGGCUCGGGCCUCUGGCAAGAUGAGUACUUCCUCACGGACAGCCUGGAUCCUGGAUCUAAACGCUGCGCCUGGGCAAGGCAGUGCAUGCAGUGCUGUUCUUGCAAGUCGAAAGAGUCGAAAGGCUCCCCCAAAAAGGCCUCGUCAGCGGCCCAUCGCGAGCUGCUCCUGAGCCAAAAGCCCAAUCUGAGCUUGAGAUUCCGAGAGCGGCUCCUUUGCCAGAACACCCUUUGGGAGGUGGCACGGAGCUGCAGAAUCCACAGCACCUGCAUUGAGAAGCAUGUCUGGGGUCAUAAAGGCUGGGUCCAGGGCAGCCUCGUCACAGAGAAGUCCCUGAAGCUCAAGGAGCUGGUGAUGACCUUGGAUGAAGGCUUGCCUUCGGCCUUCCUCAGCGUGCACCAAGGCCGCCUCGGUCGCCUUCGCCUCUUCUGGACGGCCUUCUUGUCCACGCAGCCCUUGUACGAGCUCUCGAUGUGCGACCUUCACAUGACGACGACGAAGCGGGCCAAGGUCGUCAUGGACUGCCUCGUCGGCUCGCUCUCCUUCGUCGCGCUGUUCUUCUCCGUCGAUGGCACGGCCGUGGGUGCCAGGAGCCCUGAGGAAUGCCCCAUUGAGCAGGGAACGUUUCUGUGGUACACCUUCGUCGCCAUGCUCUCCGUUCUCUUGAACCUCAUCCCACGAAGCUUUGAGUGCUACCUCGCCUGCCGCAGCUUCGUGCCAGAGAGCCGCCGUCAUCCACGCCUGCAGCUCUGGCGCCGAUCUUUCAAGGAUGUCGGCUUCUGGCUCUUCAGUACCGGCCUGUCACUCGUCCAGCUAUUGGUCGUCAUCGCCUUCCUGGCGAACCUGUCGGAAAAGGAUGAGCCGAAGUGGAUGUUCACCUUCUCCCUGGUGAUUCUCCGGAAGCUUGUCAUCGUGCCCCUGAUGGCGAGCCUGCUGUCUGGUCUCGGCACUGCUUGCGCCAUUGGCCUCACUGGCUCUCCAUCCGCGCCGAAGAAGUUUCACCUGGACUUCUCUUUGCUUCCAAGCCCAGGAGCCAACGAGACCGAGGUGACCCCCAUCUCCGAGAAUGGUCCAGCUUGGGCAGACAAGGUGCAGGAGUUGGCGGGCCGUGGCAUCACUCUUCGCCACCUCCUCGAGUUCUAUGCCAUGCUUGGGUGCGAGGUCAUGCCCCAUUUCAGCCCGGAGGAGUCCACCACGCAUGACGUUGUGAGGCAGGCCAUCAUCCCUCUCUCACUGCAGAUGAGGGGAAGGCGCUGCUUCCUGGUGGCAAGUCAGGUCCACGGCCCUGCUUCGGAGCACUUGGAGGUGCGCCUGGCUUCAGGGACCUGGAGCCGGAAGGCGAGGGGUUUGCCCGGCUUCGAAGCCUUCGUGGUGGAGGGCCUGCACCUUGAAGACAGCUUGGUCUUCAGCAUCAACUCCAAGCCCGCAGAUUCCUCGGGCACUUCCUCGGACGCCUCCUUCGCGUUGCCCGCCACGGACGUUUGGCAGGCUUUGAAGGAUCCUUCGACCUUCCCGAAGGUGGCAAGCUCCAGGUCUCCAUCACCCCGAAGUCCUCUGUGGAGGAGGCACGCAAAGCCCGUGCUGCUCUGCAGAAAGAGGAUGAGAAGCUGCCGGAAGCUUCGCUGCGAGAUUCCUCGCACGUUUGCGACGUCGCCACCGAAGAUGUUGAGAUUCGGUCCUGCAGGGUGGUGA